AAGAUGUUGACCAGAAAGAUUAAACUCUGGGACAUAAACGCCCACAUCACCUGCCGCCUGUGCAGCGGAUAUCUCAUCGAUGCGACCACAGUCACCGAGUGCUUGCACACCUUCUGUAGGAGCUGCCUGGUCAAGUAUUUGGAAGAAAACAACACUUGCCCGACGUGUAGAAUCGUCAUCCACCAGAGCCACCCGCUGCAGUACAUUGGUCAUGACAGAACCAUGCAAGAUAUUGUUUACAAAUUGGUACCUGGCCUCCAAGAAGCGGAGAUGAGGAAGCAGAGGGAGUUCUACCACAAACUGGGCUUGGAGGUUCCUGGAGACACCAAGGGAGAGACCUGUUCCACGAAGCAGCACCUCGACUCCCAUCGGAACGGUGAAACCAAAGCAGAUGACAGUUCCAACAAAGAAACCGCAGAAGAGAAGCAGGAAGAGGACAACGAUUACCACAGAAGUGACGAGCAGGUAAGCAUCUGUCUGGAAUGCAACAGCAGCAAACUCCGGGGGUUAAAGCGGAAGUGGAUCCGCUGUUCGGCCCAGGCCACGGUCUUGCACCUAAAGAAGUUCAUCGCCAAAAAACUUAACCUUUCAUCUUUCAACGAGCUGGACAUAUUAUGCAAUGAGGAAAUCUUGGGCAAGGACCACACCCUCAAGUUUGUAGUCGUCACUAGGUGGAGGUUCAAGAAAGCCCCUCUACUGCUGCAUUACAGACCCAAGAUGGACCUCCUGUGA